GGAGAAUUGUGUCUUCGCCAUUUGUUUGCAGUAGCAACAUUCCACAAUUUUAUUUUUGAAUGCUGGUAAAAAUCGUCAAAAGAUGAGCCAAGGAGGAAGUAUGCCAAGGGGAAACAGUUCAUUGUCAUCGACAUUUAUUAAAGAAUCUGAGAGCCAAGCCAAAUUCUGUCAAAGCCGUGUAGCUCUUGUAGAGAAAAACUAUGGAAAUCUGUGUGAAACACUUGGUUCUAUAACACGUAAAGCUGCUAGACAGAGAGACAAAGGUGAUCUUCUUGCCAAACAGUUACAGGAAUAUGCUAAUUCAGAAAAUAUCAGCCAUUGUACGAAAGCAGGACUCAGUCUAUGUGCCCAAAACAUGUCAGCUAUACAAGACUAUCGGGAGGCAGAGAUUAAAAGACUAGAAGCAAAAGUGGUUCAUCCAAUGAGUGGUUAUGGUGAUAUAUGUAAGAAAAAGAAAAAAGAUAUAAGCACAGAAUUAGGAAAUAUAAAGAAAGAACAGAAGACAUUACAACAAUUAGAUAAAGUCAGAACUAAAAGUCCGGGAGAUCAGCAUCAGAUUCAGGCAGAAACAGAAGUAAAGAAAGCCAAUACUGAUUCUGAAAUGGGAGGGAAAGCUCUAGAAGAACAAAUGGUGGUAUUUGAGAAACAAAGACUGGGUGAUUUAAAGAAUUCUCUAGCAGAUUUUAUCAACAUAGAAAUGAUAUUUCAUGCCAGAGCUUUAGAAUACUAUGCCAGAUGUUUUGAAAAUAUUGUGAUGAUAGACGAAGAUAGAGAUUUACAGGAAUUCAAGCGAAAAUUACAAUCAUCCAAAGGAAUGCAUGCAGACUUUGGUCAGACUUUAGGAGGAUUCACAGGAGGUUCUAGUACAGGGGGGAGUGACACAUUAGGGACAGGAUCCUCUUACACAUACACCUAUGGAGACACAUCAACAGCGACAGCAUCAGCAUCAGAUGCACGAAGAGUUAGGAUAAGUAACACGUCUAUGAUGUACGGUGAGGAUGAUGAUGACGAUGAGUUAUAUGAUGAUGAUGACGAUGACGAUUACAGUGUACCGAGGAGGACAGGGAUGAGAUGAUUUUAAAAACAUUUUAACUUAUACAGUAGUAGCAGUAUAGAUGACACAAGGAUGGAAUCAGUUAGGAUACCAGUCACAGUUAAUUUAAAUGCAUGUUUAAUCAUACCACAGAAAUAACUAUUGAUGUUGUGAAUAUAUCAUGCAUUUAGCAAGUUUAAUUUGGAGAUAAAAUGGUGUCCACCUACUUAAUUUAGUUUUGACUACUGAAUAAGGAAUUUCAAAACUAGGAACUAAGUCUUGAAAUUACAAAAUUUUAAGCUGAUUCAGCACAAAUAAAAUAUGGAUACUGAAGCAUGAUCCAUGUGUUGCUUGUAAUUGUGAAAAAUCAUUUAUAACAUUAGGGUGUUUAAAACAUGGUUUAGUUUUUCAAGGAUGAAUUGAUUGCAGUUUUGGUAUUAUUUUGAAGAAAAAUGUAUCAUUUUUUUUUUGUAGUCCUAAAGUUGGGAACAGACUAUCUCAUACCAUAGGAGUUCUUUUUGGAGAGAGCUAAAUUGCAUUUUCGUACCUGCAAGAAUUUUUUUUCAUCCAUAGCUGGAAAAGGGAUCAUAUAUUUUCACUGUGUGAAAAAGUAUUCUGAAAUUGAAAAUUCUCUAAAUCACAAAUUUUGUUGAAAGUAAUGGUAUUUGAUAUGGUAGAUACAUUGUAAAUGUUUUCACAAUUCUUGGGUCUAAAAAAGCAAGAUGGCAAAUUAUAAAUAGAAAUGUUUGUUUCGGUUAUGGUCACUGAUAUUGUGAUAGUAAAUUUUGGUAGAUGUGUAUUCUCUGCAGAUGGAUGAGAAACACAAGUGUAAGAUUUCCAUGACAGUUUAUCUCUGGUUUAUUUCUAUGAAAAUCACAAUAGAAAGAAGAAACACACCUGUAUCUAUCAUGAACCAAUUUUUUGUUUAUGCAGAUUGAAAAUUUUGUUAUUGUUAACUUGAAGGGUUUUCGUUUCAUUGUUUUAUAGGAUUUUUACACAGAUAUAUAUUAAGUGACAUUUGUUUUUUUGUUUGAAAUUACAGAAUGAUUAUGUGAAUUUUGAAUCCUAUAGGAGAAAACAUUUUGAUACAUUUUGUAUAUAUUUCCAUUUUGAAAAAGAAUUUAAAUCUCUGAUCAAAUGGACAAAUAUCUAUGAGAGGGGAUAGGAGGGGUCUUGAUUCUGAAAUCCCAGGCUUAAAAGCAUGAUAUUCCGUAAACCCGGACAUAAAAACACAAAAUCCUGAGGUCAAUCCAUCAUCCCAAGCUUAAAAACACCCGAUCCCAGAAUCCUGAUAAAAGUUCUACCCUUCCUCAUCUAUGGAAUUAUGAAUCUCAUUUAUAUGUAUCAGUUAGUGAUUUUACAUACAGUUUGUGUGUGUUUGUGAUAAAAAAGACAGAAAUAAAAAGCACAAUACUACUCAAUCCAUUAACACAUGAAAUUCAGACAGGGAUGUUAAUCAGAAAAAUAACAUGUUUUGUUUAUUUUGUUAUAAAUUACAGAAUAAGUCAUGAUUUCAUUAUAAUUUUUUUCAGUGUUCUCCCCAGAUACUUCAUUUAGCAUCUUGGUAAACAGGGGAUAUUGAAACACCAUCUUGUUUAUACAAAUUAUAGAAUCACAUUUAUAACAUAAUCUAUAAUAAAACCAAUUUUGAUAGCAUCGCAUUUAAGUUUAUAGCAUCACAUUGCCAUGAUGCUAAAAGCCCCUUGGGAGAACACUGUUUUUGUUCAGGUAAUUUUAUAUUGUUCAAAGUUUUCUGCUCAUGAACUUUAUGUGGGGGUCAUUAGUUCAUUGUUUCUAACAUUACCAUGACUGAAAACGUGCUUAGCCUCACAUUUUUAAUUAUCACCUAGAACUUAUUUUAGUCUCAGUUAACUCCGUCUAUUUUCAACUCACCUUUUAUAGUGCUUGACAUUUUCAAAAUCAUGACAUAGUUUGUAUAUUUACAGAAUUUAAAAGGUCAUAUUGAUAUAUAUAAUACUAAUAGAAAAAAAUAUAAGGUAAGAAAUGAUUGUUUAUAAACAUGUGCUGAUGAUGUGAUAUAAUUUUUCUUGAUAUGACCACAUGUAAAAAUUUAUAAGAGAAUGAAUGUUUGUUAGGAAUGUUUUUCUAUGUACAACAAAAUGAAAAUAUUUUUACAUUGAUAUUUUCUGCUGUUUAUACUUUGGACAACAAUAUUUCAGUAACAUCUCAGAAAAAACUAUAGUGUUUUUAAAUGUUUUGUAAAAAUUUUAAAUAAUACAAAAAAGUAUAUCAUUAUGCAAGUUUUAUAAAAUUAUUCUACUCAAGCACAACAUAAUCCAUUGAUUAAAUUCCAUAGUGAUUUAAAAGACAAGUAAAAUUUAAUACACACAAGAUUGCCAAAAAUGUUAAAAGUGAUGAAAUAAGCAAAUUGUUAGUUUUUACUGGGACCAAUAGAUAUAUUAGUCCAAGAAUUAGUUGAUAAUUGCCAGCUCAACACCAUCCAUGGCUAGAUUAGAUAUCAUAUAAAUAAUUUUGACUGUUGUUUUGUUAUUAAUGUCUGAUCGUAAAAAGAAUAAUAGAACAUAUAAAAUGUCAAAAGAUAAUGUCACAAGUACUUUAGAAGGUAAUUAAUUUGGUAUUCGUAACCAAUCAAAACAUUGUUUAUAUUAAAUAUGAAUAUAUUAAGUUGUAAAUAUUUAUGGUAUUUAUUACAAUUAUUUGGAUAAACAACAUAUAAAUGUAUGCACUGUAAAUGACUUAUGAUAAUUGUCAUUAAUUAUGUAAAUUAUAUGUUAAGGAGAUGUCCAUACCUAACUUCCAGGCUAAUUAUAUAUGGAAUAAGAGGAAUAAGAAAUGUCAAAUUAAAAUGUUGUUGUUUUUAUUUUUGUUUUCAUCUCAAUUGUUGUAAGAACUUUUAAAAAUUAUUGUUGAUGGCUAAAAAUCCAAACAAGGUUUUCUAGGUUUUUUUUUACUUUUUCUAUUUCUUUUUUGAAAAGAUUGUUAGGUAAUAAUUAAAAAAAUAGUUCUUCUGUCCUAGUUCUAUUGACCAAUCAAUCAUUUUAAUAUGACAACUAUGAAACAACUUGUCAUUUUGAAUACAAGGAACAAACAAUUCAGGGCAUAUAUAGAAUCUCAAGUAAAAAGUUCAGGGUUUAUUUUAAUGGUUAUAAGAUUCUAGCUUACUUUUGUCUUUUUUUUCAGUUUUAAAAACUUACGACAUAAAAAGGUUUUUCUAUAGUAUUUGCCAUUGUUUUGGCCUAGUUUAGGAAGAGACAAUUUAUAAUCCUUGUAUAAAACAUUGUAUUUUUUGGCGGCCUGGAGUAUUGUCUGUACAUGUAAAACUUCCAAUAAGGAUUAAGUAUAACCCAUGUCAUUUUUAAUUGACAUUAAUAUUUCUGUUCAACAAUAAAUAUCAGGUGGUUGACUUUACAUGAUGAAACUUGCCUCAAUUUUUUUAAUAUUUUAUUUUGUCCAUUAAGAUUGUGAUAUUGUUUUUAAAAUUUGUUAAUAUAUUAUUUAUUAAUAUUUUAUAUUUUAUGAUUUGUUUUACCGUAGUCUGUGAUUAUUAUAUUCCUCUGUGAUUUAUAUAUGACUAACCUGUCUCAAAGUAUAGCAUACUUCUCUGUUUAGAAGCUUCUGUGAUAGUUUGCUUUAUACAGCUUGUACGGGAAUUUAAAAAUGCUAAGGCCACAUCACAUCACUUAAUUUUGAGUUUUUGGAUAAUUUUAAUGUUUUUGGACCUUCUGAAAUAGGGCAUUAUUAAAGAUUAAAAUUUCAAUUCAUUUAAAUUAUAUAAGACUUUCUGUACAAGAUGGAAUAUUAUGGAUACUAUAAUUAGAAUUUACGAUUAAGCCAUACUAAUUUAUAUAUUUGCUUUUAUAUGAGAGUGACUGUUGGUUUAUUUUCUUUUAAAUGUGAAAUUUAUCCAAAACUAAGAAAUUUUUAUAUCUUGAGUUACAAAUUUCCAAUUAUUUUCUAAUUCAACAGACUCAAAAUUAUUUUGCUUAUGCUUUUACUAUAUAAUUUAUAGAAUUGUCAGAUUAAUUUGAUUAUACUUCACUAUACAGAAUACUAAAUGCUUUUCUUUUUAAUAUUUUAUACCUUCACUUUUAUAAAUAUAUAUGUAAGCAGUUUGUAUUUUAUAUUUUACAUGUUGCACAUAAUACAUGCGGGCAUAUUGAACAAGUAUGUUAGCAGUCACAAAUAUUCCUCAUAGUGAAAACCAUAUCCAGAUUUGAUAAUUUUUUGAAAUAAAAAAAGGGGAGAUAAUUUGAAUUAAAAAAAUCAACUUAUGUGUAGAAAUGAGCAUCUAAGUUCAAUAUUAUAAGAAAAUUUAGAAAAUUAGAAAAUAGAUGUGGGUUUGGUAUUUGUUUAUCAAAACAAAAGAUAAGGGGGAAUUAAUUUAUGAUCUCUUAUUACAUUUAAAUAUUUCAUUUUUUUCUGAAUAUGGUUACUUUAGAAAGCUUUGAGACAAAUGAAAGCCCUAAUUUUAAAUAUUGAAUUGAGUACUAACCCUUUAAAAAGCAAUCAGAUUGUUAUACUUGAUGUACUAGUUGUAAUAUUAUUGACCAAAGACUAACUGCAUGAUUAGCUCAGGUGCUUUUACAGUAGUGCAAAUCAAAGGACAAAAUAGAAUAAAGUAAUGUCUAGUCUAGAA